AAUCAAAUUAUUGUACAAUUGAAACGAAGAAGCGAGUAAAAAAUUUAAACUUGAGUUAACCAAAAAUGAGAAGAAAUCCCCAAAUACACAUAACCUAGUGCCACUCGACACCACUACGCUGUGUUGCGAAAUCCCCCAAACAAUAUGAGAAGAAGCAUCUCCAAAAUCCCUUACCGCCCUGCCACCGCCACGUCCUCGAUCGCCGCCUCUCUAUCCACCUCGUCAGGCGGCGGAGGUAGAGGCCGUGGCCGUGGCGGUCCUACUCAAUUCCAGUUCACCGUCGACACCCCACCCAAGGACGAGUCCAAAUAUUCCAACCACGACGGCGCGUCUCCGCUCCCGCACGGCCAUGGUCGAGGCAGAGGUGUUCCCGUUGCUUCAUCCUCCGUUCCGCCUGCCUUCUCUUCUUUCGUGAACAAUGAAUCAAACUCCGACGCAUUCGGCCGGGGCCGCGGCAUUGGUUUUGUUUCCCCAAAUUCCUUCUCACAGCCGGGAGAAGAAUUUCAACCUCAGCCGCCGAAAUAUAAUUCCCAAAUGCCGUUCCUGUCCAAGUAUGAAGAAGCACUAUCGGAUUCCGCUGAAUCGGAAGUUCCUCCUGCCGACAUAAAGUCGACUCCUUCUAGUAUCUUCAAUAUUUUAUCGGGUGCUGGUCGAGGGAAGCCAGGGCAAUCCCCUGCGUCACAAUCCGAGAAGCCCAAAGCAGAGAUUCGACAAGCCCGUCCUAGGGAGCAGAGGGGCACUGUUGGAGAGCAGUUGAGUGAAGAGGAGAAAGUGAGAAAGGCGGUGGGAAUAUUGUCAAAAGGACAGGUAGGUGGAGGGAGUGGUGGCCCCGAAGGUAGAGCUGAAAGAUUUGAAGGAGGAAGAGGAAGAGGAAGAGGAAGUGGACGAGGAAGAGGAAGAGAGACAGGAGUAGAGAGAGGAGGAUAUGGUGAGAGAGGUGGAUAUGAGGAUGCGGAAGAUGAUGCUGCUGCUGGGGAAUUAAUGGCUAAGAAACUGGGGCCGGAGGUUAUGAGCAGACUGAGAGAAGAGGUUAAAGAAAUGUUGCCAACUCCUGAGAAUGAUGCUCUUGUGGAUGCAUACGAGACUAACUUAAUGAUUGAAUGCGAGCCAGAGUACUUCAUGGAAGAGUUUGGCACGAACCCUGAUAUUGAUGAGAAACCUUAUAUAUCUCUUCGUGAUUUUCUUGAGAAGGUAAAGCCAUUCCUUAUGGCUUAUGAAGGGAUUCAGAAUCAAGAAGAGUGGGAGGAAAUUAUGGAAGAAACAAUGAAGAAUGUUCCUCUUAUCAAAUCGAUUGUAGAUCAUUAUGCUGGCCCAGAUAGAGUGACUGCAAAGCAACAACUAGGAGAGCUAGAACGAGUGGCUAAAACUCUCCCAGCUAGUACACCUUCUUCUGUAAAACGUUUUACUGACCGUGCUGUUCUCUCGUUGCAGAGCAAUCCGGGUUGGGGAUUUGACAAGAAAUGUCAAUUCAUGGAUAAGCUGAUAAUGGAAGUUUCUCAACAGUACAAGUGAGCUGUGGAUGCUUUGCUCUUAUAUAUUCUGCAUAAAAAGAAGCUUUAUACUUCCAAUUCAUGGUUAUGGCCUUUUAUAAUUGAUCACAAAUCAAUGUCGUUGGAUUAUCCGCAUGUAGGAAAUUUUCUCCUAGCAUUCUUGGAUUAGACAGCAUCUCUUUUCAUAAACAUAUGCCAAAUCCUACAUUUAUCAUAGAGCAUCAAAUUGGUCAAACGUUUAUAUGAUAAAGACCUCAAGUCCGCGCUUGGCCAAUUGACUUUUGAGUUUUGGCAUUGAGUUUCUGAAUUGAUCGAGUUUUAUGCGAAUGGUUCUCUCUUCUAUAAAA